GAAAGGGAGAAACAGUGGUUGGGGGGAGACGGCAUUUUCAGUCAAGCUCUGUCUCUCCUUCAUGACUUCCACUCUGCAUGAUGACAAGUGUCUGCCGCUGUUCCCAUUGGUCGAGGCUGCCACCAAUCAGAGCAGAGGCAUGUAAGGUGCCUUUAGGUUAUACCCAACCCCAAAAACAAGAAGCAGAGAGAGAGAGGGAGAGAAAGCCAGAGUGGGAAAGGGAGUGUGUGUUUUACAGAGAAAGACCAAAGCAGGCGCCGACUUCACAGUGCACUGAAGACCUUCCCUCUGAAGCUCCUUGUGAAAUGAUACAGUUGAGAAGAAACUGCUUGUCAGCUGUUUGUUGAAGACCACUGCAAUUCCUCCUGGCUGCUGUGGAGAAGAAGCUCUGGGCUCUGUAGCCUCCCCCUGUGAUUGGCUGUCACACUUUAGGCUCCCCCUCCUCUCCCUGACUCCCUCUUCUCUCUCUCUCUCUCUCUCUCUCUCUCUCUCUACCCUCUGUUUCUAACCCCCUCCAUACUGUCCUCAGGCUUACCUGAGCCACAACUGCAGAAACGCCGGACCCCCUCCUCCACACACAUACAUACACACACGCGCUCUCUCUCUCUCUCUCUCUCUCACACACAUGCGCACACACACACUCAGUUUUCACCUGGAGAGGGCAGGCGCAAGGGACGACAUGUGCAGCAGCAGCAGCAGCAGCAGCAACAGCAACAGCAACAGCAGCAGUCUCUCCUCACAUCUAGCGCUGCCUCUCUGAGUUGCCUCUUUCUGGAGAGUGGAGAGGAACUCUGAAAAGAGAUUUUGGAGCCAUUGUCCCUUGGCCAAAGAGGGAGAGACAGGGGCAGUGAGGGAUCACUUGUCAACCCAGGGAUACCAAAGGCAACACACAGCAUGAUUUUGGGAGGCAUAAACCGGGCAGGGGCGGCGGUGCCGACGUUCCUGCGGACCCCAACGGUGAUCCAGCCCCACCUGGACAUGAAGCCCUUCCUGCAAUUCCCCAUGGAGACCGCACCUCCUCCACACAGCAUGAGCCUCUUCCACAACUUCAACACGAUGGACCCGGUGCAGAAGGCCGUGAUCAACCACACCUUUGGAGUUCCUCUGGUGAAGACCAAGCGGCCAAUCAUCUCCUGUAACGUCUGCCAGAUCCGCUUCAACUCAGAGAGCCAGGCAGAAGCACAUUACAAAGGAAACCGCCAUGCCAGGAGAGUCAAAGGCAUCGAAACCUCUAAGAGUCGUCCUCAGGAGGGGGACAAGCUUCAUACUGUGCCCCCCACCUCCUCCCCGUCUCCGCCCGGAGCACCAGGCCCUGUCUCAGACAGCGAGCCCAGCAAAGCGGAUGAAACACGGCCUCUCUCACAGUUAAAUGGGCCCCUGCUGGCCCCAGGGCCCCUUCCCACUCUUACCACCCCACCUACCCCACCCAUGGACUCCCCCGUGCCCUCAGUGUGCCCUCUCUUACCCACCCCAACUCCUCCCUUGAUCCCCCCUUCCUCAUCCUCCCCAGGCUGUGGCAGUGGCAGCACCAACUCAGAGCAGCCCGGAUCUGGACCCCCGGGUUCAGGAGCCGCCGGCACCUCCGCCUCCAGCAGCCCGUCCAACCCAGAGACAGAGGAGGAUAAGGCCAAGAAGCUGCUGUACUGCUCACUGUGCAAGGUGGCGGUCAAUUCCUUGUCACAGCUGGAGGCCCACAACAAAGGUACCAAACACAAAACUAUCCUGGAGGCACGGAGCGGGCUGGGCCCCAUCAAGGCGUAUCCUCGCUUGGGCCCCAAACCCAGUGGAGAGCAGGGAGGGGGGCCGGUGGACCCCAACACUCAGGAACGAACCUUCCACUGUGAGAUCUGCAAUGUGCGGGUCAACUCUGAACUGCAACUCAAACAGCACAUAUCAAGUCGAAGGCACCGGGACGGCAUGGCGGGCAAGCCUAACCCCCUCCUCAGCCGACACAAGAAGCACAGGGGGGCUGAUCUGACGUCUUCUUUGACUUUCUCCAAGGAUCUCACCAAAGCUUUGGGUGCGGGGCUCUUGCCCAGCCCCUUGGCUGUUGCCGCAGCAAUGGCCGCUGCAGCUUCCUCGAACCCGUUGGCCCUCCGUGCAGCAGCUCCUGGGCAUCACCCACACCAUCACCUACUGCAAGGCCCGCCUCUCAGCCACGCCAUCCUAAGACCGGCCCCGGGGCCCAUCCGCACCACCCACGGGCCAAUCCUCUUCUCUCCUUACUGACACAUCACCCUCUGACUUCGGCCAGUCAGGAACAGCCACUCCAAAAGCACACUGUGAAGAUAUAAACAUGAUCAACAAACAGCAAUCGAUAAGGGGAAAAAAAUCCAAUCAUUUAAAUAUUGAACUGAGAGAAAAGCAAGGGGAAAGGAGCAGCGGAGAGGAGUAGAAGUUUAUGUCUCUCUUUCUUCCUUUUACCUGAAACUCUCCCUCCAUUUCAAAGACUCCUGAGUGAUACGCAGAUGGAAUGAGCAGAGGAGAGAUAUUCAUUAUGCAUUGAACUCCCUUGUACAUCUCUCACCUCCCCUGGUCCCUCUCCCUUGCGCUGUGGCCCUGUCAUGGCCGCCUCGAUAGCUACAGAAGAAACACACGCAGACGUCACUAGAAACAUUAAACCACAUGUAGUGUUACAUAAUUAUUCUGGGCCAGGUUGGUUUUCCUCUGUCGUCACGGCUCAACGUGUUCUUCUCAUCCUAUGCACCUCAAAAACCAAGACAAUAAUGUUAUGUCAGUAGGGUAGCUGCUUCCAUCAGUCUUUGCGGUAUGCGUCACAUGUAGCUGCGGCGGCCUCCACGGUACUGUACAUGUCCCCUUCUGCGCCGGAGGCCAGCAACUCUUCAGUUUCUGACACUAGGUCCUCACUAGAUGCAACAUGACUUCGGCUGACAGGCAGGUGGUAGCCGCUUCUGAACAUGUCUGAUGGUUGGGGGGUGGGGGGGGUCAAGAGAGCAGAGAAGUGACUGUGGGGGAUUGCGCUCCCCUGUCAUUUCCUGAGAGGGCGAGGUGAGAGGAGGGCUGGCACGGGUCAGUGGAUGGGUUGACCCCAGGCAGCAUGCAGACACACGCAGGCCCGAAUGCAUUUGUGUUUUAAAAUAGACUGUACCAACAAAAAUCGCUACAGGGCACAUCUGCCAACCUUCGUCUUAGUCAGAGAGGAGCCUCACCAAAGGGGAGAGAGGACAGCAGAAGUCACACAUUGGUACAUACUGUACUGCUGUAAUGCGUUUGAUGGCAAGAUUCUGUGAUUUUACUUACAGUAAUGAGAAAUACUAUACUGCAAAGAGCAUAGUUCAUAUGUAUUUGCUGUGACUUCUGUUGACAUCAAGCCAUCAAAAAGAAUUUAAUUGACAUCCUCAACAUCACCCUCGUCUUUGACUCACUGUGUAGGUGGGAAGGUAUGACUUAGGUGCGACCCUGUGCACUGAUGUGUUUAUGUUGUUUCUGCAUGCAGCCUUGCAAUAAGGACCUGCAGGCUCAGGCUUCUGCAUCAUUGAUUCCCCCCCUCCUCCGACCUGCCCUAUCCUCCUCACCUCCCCCAUAUCCAAAGGUUCAUAUGAGUCUAUUGUAGAGGGCACAUCAUAACACUGGCAACCAUAACGCUGAAAGGGAACAAAUUAAAGAGAGGAAGAUGAAAGUCAAAUACAUUCUCGGAGAAAUGAUCUUGAGCCAGCGUGACAACCGAGCCAGAAGCACAGCGAGGCCGCCGGGAGUGGGAGCCGAGACGUCCAGCCCAAGGCAUCUAUCAAUACUUCCUGUCUUACAACUGAAAGCCAUGAAAUGCACCAUGAUUUGUUUUUCUUUUUACAAAGACUGGUGAGCACUUUCUUUUGUUUGGUUCGGACUGUUUGUGUUUAUAUCACACAUCAAAAAGAGCAAAAUAGAAAACACAGUAAAAAAUAUUUUUGUAGGUGGGAAAUGUUAAUGACUGCAUCCAUGAAGUGAAAAUAAGAAAGGGAUGGAAUUAUUGUAUAGUGGAUGAUAUAAGUGUCGACUCAGACAGACAGAACAAGUGACUCAGCAGGGAGCCAGAAAAACUAGCAAAGCAGCAGCAGACCUAUCUUGCUCGACAGCUUGAAGCUAUCACCCUUUUCUGAACAAGAUGUACACUGUGCCCUUUCAUUGAGAAGCAAUGAGCUCUAAUGUCUUACCUUUGUCUGAAUAUUGCAAUGCAAUGAGCAAUUUUUAUCAGAGUGACUUGUUAUCAUUGUGACAUGUUGUGACAUGUUGUCCAGAGUUGUGUGUGUAAAACUAGGAGCGCGCCAGCUGACAGACUUUUUUCUGUUCAAGCCCUCGAAGGGAUUUAGAGAGGGGCAGAGAGAGACAGAGGUGUAGCUGGGCUUAGGUACUGACCCUUCAUAUUAAAGGGCCUUUUUACUAUGGUAAUCUCUGCUUGGGGAACAGGGUACAACGCCAGGUAUCAAGGGAUUAAAGAUAGAUGUGUUCAACAGGCUUUUUUUUUUUUUAGUUGGACUUACUGAAUUGCAUUAUUAUUAUUUUUGUGUGUGCGAAAUGUGCUUAAGUGAAAAUCCUGAGGAACAUUAUCAAUGCCAUUACUUAAAGAAGAAGCUGGCUUGGUGUCAGCUUCCACCGUUGUGCUCUUUUUGUUGCUGAACGAAACCUCCUUUGAAGAGUUCAUUUUGUGAGUGAGAUACUAUUCCAGGAUCUGUGCUCUCUUUCCUGUUGGUGUGUGUACCAUUUGUAUUCUAGUGUGUGUUGGGACCGGCUCUCUCCCCACUUCCCACCAGUCAGAUACGGAAGCAUCCUGGAGUUAUAAAGUGGCCUAAUACAGUGAUGGAGAUAAAAAACCUGCACAUGUUUGGUUUAGGAAGAUUGAUCAAUCAUCCUGGAUUCUAUCAAACUUGAUCAACAACCCAACCUAAUCCAAGUACUACAACCAUGUCCCUGUUAGUUCAGUCAAGUAGCAGCACCACAGAUAUGUUCAUAUUGUCCGUGAUAUGUUCUUUCUGUGGUAAUUCCCAUUGACCCAUCCUCAUUAUUCACAUAUGGGAAAUAAAUGUUAGAUUCCUAUUUUCUGGGCAGGUAUUUCAUGUUAGCUGUGUUUAGGCUACUAGCCUUAGCCUUAUUCUGCCCUCAGUCUCUCCCAGAGCAGAGAGAGAGAGAUGGAGAGGCUAUGGUGUAAUUUUGUCUUGCCAAUAAAGUUAUUUUUGAAUUUCAUUGUCAGAGGGGACACAGAGUUUGUAUGGCGAAUUGUAGCAAUACCUGACUCAUUCUGGCUACUCUUGUUUAUUGCAAUAAGAAAAUUAAACAAUAAAUGUGUAUGUGAGUAAAACAUUAUAAAUGUAAUUUAAAUGAAAAAGAAACUUUAUGGUAAAUACUAUUGGUAUCAAGAGAAACCAUGGUGGAAAAAAGUAAAUGUCAAUAAAUCAUUAAAUGAAA